CUUUUUUCUGCCCAAAAAAUCCGCGGUCUCACUCUUUCGUUUCUUAAAACAUCAAAACAAAAAUUAAUUUAUAUAUAUAUGUAUAUAUAUAUAUCUGGAUAUAUAUAAUUUAUAUAACUUUCUCUCUCUGUUAAUUAUAAAUUCACACCAUCCUCUCCCUCUCUCCCUCUCUCUCCUCUUUGAAGAAAUUUCUUCUAUCUGUUUAUUGUCUCUCUUACUCUGUGUAUUUAUCUGCGAAACUUAGGGUUUUGUUUCUCACACUACCAACAAACAACACACAGCUUCAGAGGUACGUUUUGGUUCAACAAUUUCUUCCAUAUUGUUUUGUCUCAACGAUCUUACUUCACUCCCCUACAAUUUCUUUUUUUCAUUUUUGGUUUUGAUCCCGAUUUGGUUCAAUUUCAUUCUUCCUUCUUAAUUAUUAUUAUUAUUAUUUUUAAUUAUUUACGUCGCUUUUGGAUUGAACAAUUUGAUUUUGACCUGCAAUACCUGUAAUUUCGUCAGGGGAUGUGUAUCGAACGAUCAUCAAUCUCAAAAAUUUUAGGUCAGUUUUUAUGCGUGUGUUUUCUUGUGUUUCGAUCUCAAAUUAGGGUUUGCUUUUGUUUUUCUAUUUGUUGAAUAGGUUAUUAGUUAGGAAGAUCUUUGUUUUAGGUCUAGAAAUGGCGGUUUCUGUGGAUUGAAAAAGGUCAUUUCUGGGUAACUGAGUGUGGUGCUGGGUGGGUACCGGGUAGGAGGUGGGUUAGGAUGACAGAUAUUCAGCAACAAUUACAGCAGAAGCCUGAGAGCACUGCGGAUGCCCGGUCUGAAUUUGAGCGGGGGUUGGAGGAAUUAAUGCGUGGGCAUUUGGAUGAUUGUAUGUCGUAUGCAUCCUGUAGCUCCUCGCGUAAUACCGAGGAUGAGGAUGAUGAGGGUGAUCAGCUUGUGAGGAGGAGGAGGAGGUCGGAUCUUGAUGGUGAUGACCUGGCUGAAUCUUCUGCCGCCCGGAGGCGUCACUCUCGCAUUUUGAGUAGGUGGGCUGCCCGGCAGGCCCAGGAAAUGAUUACAACUAUUGAGAGGAGGAAUCGUGAGACUGAGUUGAUGGCACUUGCAGGUUUGCAUACCGUUUCCAUGCUUGAUUCGUCCUUUUUGAGGGAGUCGCAGUCUCCAACUUCAAGGCGGCAGGGUAAUGUUGAAAGACCGAGUACCCGAGCAUCGUCUAUUCUGCAAAUGUGGCGAGAGUUGGAGGAUGAGCAAUUGUUGAGUCGAGCCCGUGAAAGGGUAAGGGAAAGAUUGAGGCAGCAGAGGAGUGUUGAGUCUAAUACAAAUCUGUCGAGCACAAACAUGUCUGAAAGCCGGGGGAGUGAGAAUCAGGUUAGUUUGGAGGAUGCAAGUGAGAGUGAGAAUGACUUUGGAGCAUGGUCCCAUGAUCAGACGGGCCAGCAGAAUGAACAUGGAGACCGUGACAGUUCUAGCCGUGAACAGUCUCCUGAUCUUGGUGAAGUUGAGAGAGAGAGGGUUAGGCAAAUUGUUCGGGGAUGGAUGGAGACUGGCAUUAGUGAUCAUUCAUCUAACAUUGCUCAGAGGAGCAAUAGUCCAAGAGCAGAAUGGCUGGGCGAAAAUGAGCGUGAGAGGGUUAGGAUUGUGAGGGAGUGGAUGCAAAUGACAAGUCAACAAAGAGGUGCCCGUGCUGGGCGGAGGGAAGAACAAGUUGCUGGAGCUGGUAUUCAAGUUGACCAAGUUCGUGUAGGGUCGGUUGCUGACCAUGAUGAAGGCCAGCCAGAGCAUAUUCGCAGGGACAUGCUGAGGUUGCGGGGAAGACAAGCUCUACUGGACUUGCUCGUGAGGGUCGAGAGAGAAAGACAGAGGGAACUUCAGGGUUUGUUGGAGCAUCGGGCUGUUUCUGAUUUUGCUCAUCGCAACCGCAUUCAGUCAUUACUCAGAGGCAGAUUUCUGCGAAAUGAAAGACCUGUUGAGGAGGAGAGACCACCUUCAAUGGCUGCAGGUGAAUUGGUUCAGUUAAGGCAAAGACACACUGUUUCUGGAUUAAGGGAAGGGUUCCGCUCGAGGUUAGAAAAUAUUGUUCGCGGUCAAGUAAGCAACCAUUCUGAUACCCCAUCUAACAAUAAUACCACUGGUUCUAGAAAUGAUCAGACUCAUACAAAUGCUACACAGGAGGUCCAACAUGAAAAUCAUGAGCAGUCACAAUCUAGGAGUCAGGAAAUUGAGAUCCAUCACUUGUCGGAUCAUACUGGAAAUUUGGAAAGCAAUACAGCUGUUGAAAGCAUUAAUCGGCAAGAAACUUCUAAUCAGGGAGAGGAUUGGCAGGAACUAGUUACUGAAGAUGUGAGAGGAAACUGGCAGCAGUCAACCUACGACGAGUUUAAUGAAUGGACAGCUGGCUCUGCAGAAGAUAUGGAUGGAAAUUGGCAGGAAAAUCCAGUUAAUGAUUGGCCCCAGGAAGCGCCAGGAAAUGAAGGUGGAGAAGAAGGUCAUCCUCAAGAAACCCAUGAGGUUUGGCAUGAGGAUGGCUCUCGGGAAGCCGUGGAGAAUUGGUCAGAAGCACCUUCUGACUCCCGUAGGUCCCGGCGUUUCAUUCCAGUUAGAAGAGUCAAUAGAUUUCACCCACCUGAUGAUGAUAAUGUGUACAGUAUGGAGCUCAGGGAACUUUUAAGCCGGAGAAGUGUUUCCAACCUUCUUCGUAGUGGUUUCCGUGAGAGUCUGGACCAAUUAAUUCAGUCAUAUGUGGAAAGGCAAGGCCGUUCUCCCAUUGACUGGGACCUGCAUAGAAACUUGCCCACUCCUGCUUCACCAGAGCAGGAUCCGGAGCAACAGAGGGACGAGCAGAACGAGGAUCAGCAUGAUGCUAUUGGCAGACCUUCACUGGUGCUUCCAUCUCCCCCAGUGCCCCCGCCACAGCCACUUUGGCACCAGGAUUUGCAUCAUUCUAGUUGGCCUCGUCACAGCAUGCAUCGUUCAGAAAUUGAAUGGGAGAUGAUCAAUGAUCUCAGAGCAGACAUGGCAAGGCUUCAGCAAGGUAUGAGUCACAUGCAGAGGAUGUUGGAGGCAUGCAUGGACAUGCAACUGGAGUUGCAACGCUCAGUCAGACAGGAGGUCUCUGCGGCUCUGAAUCGGUCAUCUGGUGGAGAAGGGGUGGCAGAGACAUCAGAGGAUGGAUCUAAAUGGGGUCAUGUAAGGAAGGGAACUUGUUGCGUUUGUUGUGACAGUCAAAUUGAUUCUCUUUUGUAUAGAUGCGGGCAUAUGUGCACUUGUUCAAAAUGUGCAAAUGAGUUGGUUCGUGGCGGAGGAAAGUGUCCGUUGUGCCGGGCACCGAUCGUUGAGGUUAUCCGAGCAUACUCCAUACUGUAAAAAGAAAAGCUCAAAGAAAGAAGUAUAAAUAACGGAAAAGAAUGGGCGAUGAGAUCCACGGCGAGCCAUUUUCAGUCUCAAAUCUCUCUGAAGCUCCUCAGGCUCUCCUAUGUAGAGUGUUUAGUUCCCCUUUUCUUUUUUUAUUUACUUUUUUUUUCUUCGAUUAUAUGUGGAAUGCUUGUAUAAUUGGAAUAACAAAAUGCCACUUUUUUAUUCUUCAUUCUUGCGUAAAUAAAAUGUCCCCUGAAAAUUCUUUUGUUUUUUCUGCUCA